AUGGAUAGCGCCAGCAGUAGCAAGAGCGCUGUAUUACUGCAGUCGCUGGAGCAGUUUGUUGCCCUGAUUAGUGGAGGACUACAGCAGGGGAAAGGAAACAGUGCUAGUACGAAUAAGAGUUUAUGCCUAUUUCUUAGGCUUAAUCUAUUAGCACGCUUUCGGCGGUUACAGAAUGGUGAGCAAGAAGAACAAGGUCCUCAUAGGGAUGUUUUGACGCAGUGGUGGAUAACGUUGUUAAAUUUUUUAAAUUCCGAUCUUAACGGAGCGGGAUCUCGGCAAGGGACCGGGUUGUUUGUUGAGACGAUAUCAGUAGCAUUGGAAUGUAUUAGUAGAGUUAUAACGCUAUUGCAGCCUACGGCUGGGUUUAAGCAAAGGGAUUUUGACAUAUAUUCGCAUCAUUUACUUCUUACGGUUCAUUAUAUUACCAACCGGUUGGUUCAUAAUUCGAAAAAACGUCGUCUAGUGAAUCAAAAUACGGCUCUGUCAGCUUCGCAGGUUAAGGCCGUGCUUGUGCAUACGCAGGCAUCUGAUGUGCUAUUAAGAUCAUUCAUGGGGAAGGUGGUUGCGUAUUCGUAUUUCUAUUUGCCAAAUACGAUGCGUUAUGACUUGUUAGUUUUGCGGUUUUUGUGCGAUGGCAACGUGCGUAGCGUUCCGAUGCCAAAUGACAGCAUAGUGUACUGGAAGCCGGUAUGCUAUCAACUUCAAACAGGUGUACCACCAGCUGCUUCACGGGCUGUCCCCGAAGAGCUAAAACUCUUUCAGGUUAUGAUUUCUUAUUUACAGGAUAGCCAAGUUUUUAUGACAUUUUACUGGCAUAUAUGGUAUAUCGUUAUUGAAUUGCAUCUUGCUGCCGGGCAAUGUGAGGGAUUAAAUAUCGACCAUUGCCCUGGCCUGUCAAUCUUAAUGGAUUACGUUGGUAGAAGCAUAACGAGGGAUCUACCAAAAUUUACACAUUAUAUGAGAACAGACAAAAUGGGGGAACCGCUACCCAGCUCAAUUAACAAUGCGUUCUCCGUAGAAACAAGAUUUAACAACACUGCGAUUGCCGUCACAACGGAAGAUUUGAACAAUUACAUUUAUACGAAGUUUGAAAGUGUCAAACUAUGGGAAUGUAUACGAAAUUUAGUUGGUUGUUUUAGGAAGAAGAGACUUGAUAGCGUGGAAACUCUAUUGCAUGCUGUUGUCAGGGAGCAUGAUUCGAAGCAGCUAGAAUAUAUUUCUAAAUUCUCAGCCUAUGAAUCUACUGUUGGAAACGUCGUUUAUAAUAAAUUAUUUCAGUUUAUUCUUUUCCAAUUCACAGAUUGUACCCCUCGCAUGAUGAGAGCAUUUAAUUGGUCGAAAUGGCUAAAUGGGAUUAAGGGGAUGCUUUCAACUUUAAAUGGCAAUUGUCAGACUACAGCAUUGAUUUGUUUAUUUAAUAUAUGGGAUUUGAUUGAAUACUCUGAACGAGUUCAAAUUCGUGACUUUUUAUUGAAUGAUUUAUGGGACAACUUGACUCUGGAAACAGGCUACCGUAUUGCGAAAGUUAUAUUCAUGAAGUUGUUAGUGUUUAAAAUUGUUCCUGAUAAAGAACUGGAUCCUAUGCAUGUUAGAGAAAAACUGAUGCUUGCAUAUAAUGAAACCAUGGAGCUUACAAAGUAUUUUGACAUAAAUGCUGUGAAUGAAGAACUCCAAGAUGUUUUGAUUCUUAACGGAGGGAGGAAGUUGGUACUGUUUUCAUAUAUGCCAGUUGCAGAAGAAGAUCUCAUUUUGCAAGAACAUAGAAGGACUGAAAAACCUGGCAGCUCUUCACAGCAAUCAAAUCUCACUCUAUUUCCGUAUGUUAGUUCUCUUUACAAUGUCAGGCCAUCGGUGGUUGCAAUGAAAGGUAGGUAUCCCUACGAAGUUUUUGAUGAGAUGGUGACUAAAGCAGUAUUAAUACUUGCUGAAAAGAAAACACGAUCUAAGUCUGAGAUGAUAAGUCUGAGAAAAAUUACUCCUUCUGGAGUCAGUAGUUCUGAUGCUGAAAAUGGCGAAAGAGCUUUCACUGAACCUGGCUUUUAUAAUAUGACAGGUGUUGCAUCUGCUUGGUCCUCAUUGGUUUCUAAAAUUAGUCCAUACGGUAAGAUGGCUAUUUCUUCCUCUACGAAUUCCUCAUGCUCUUCAAUGAGCAGUAGCCAGAUGACGCAACGUCACGAUCCAUUUGCAUCAAGCGAUAGCUUGGAUUCCGAAUUUACUGAAAUGGUAUCAAUAUGUUCAACAGUCUCUCAAUUAUCUGGUUUAACUUUUGAUUCCCUUGACGAGAAUGGGUACUCUGUACGCCAGAGGGGAUCUGCUACAUUAGGUUUAUCAAGCAGUAGUUCUAGUCGGGAAAAUUCUGCCAGUACUCGGAAUAAAAAGAAGCGCAAAUUACUUGCUCCACCUGAAUUAAAGUUUUCUAGCGAUAUCACUGAGAAGGUUGGAAUAAGCCAUAUCUUUCGGUUAACUAUUACACCACAGGUUGGUGCACCCGGAGCUGGGACUUCUGUAGCAAGUAAAAUCAGACAGGCGAAUUUGAAAUGGGGGAGUUACAACAGUGAAGCAAGCGCAUAUGAUAAACCUUUGCCUAUGUCCCCCAACAUGCCAGUGAGUGAAACCAACACACUAAUAGACGGAUUCGACUUUGAGUCUUUAACCUCAACUACCUAUGAAGGUAUUUCUCAGCUUAAACCCACGGAAAUAAGUCCAAGAGUAGAGUCAAAGAAACCUGCGCCUUCUCCCAAAAUUACUAAGAUUCCAAAUCCAAACUGGGGCUUUUUAAGCUUCUUCGACAGACAAUAUACAAACAAUUGCCAAAAUGAGGAAGACGUGUUUUCAGAUCUUACAAUUGCAGACAUUUCGCCUGCUGAAAGUCUAAAACCAGGCAUUAAACCAACUCUUAAGCCAGCUUUGCAUGGUAAGGGGGCCGCCAAACAUAAGGAUGGCGUCUUACCAAAGUUGGUCCCAAAUGAAGAUCUAGGAUACACUUCUCCCUGUAGCGAAAUGAAAAAAAAGAGGACAAUUGACAUGUACCAAAAUACAAGAAUGGGCAAGCUAGCUCAGGUUAUAUUAACCUACAAUGAAACAGUCGAGGAAUAUUUUAAUUAUCUAAAUGUUAUAAGUGAAACUGGGGAAGUGGGCGAUAUCUUUAUGGAACUGGACGUUGCUACGCAAAUUAACCGGAACAGCAGACAGCCUAAGGACUCCUCCACAAAUGCACUUGCUGUAUUCGAAUAA